CCUCCGCCCGUCUCGCCUUCUCCAUGGACCGCGUCCCGACCGCGCUCUCGCGCACCUCCUCGACAAUGAGCGCGUCGAGCACGGCGAGCACGGACAGCCGCGAGAGCCUCAGCCGCGCGUGCACAAAGAGUGCGAACGCCGCGAACGCGGACAUCGCGAAGCGCACGCGCAGACGCUUCACGCACGCGCAGCUCUCCAUGCUCGAGACGCUCUACCACGAGACGUCGCACCCGUCGCGCGAGCAACGCGAGCGCGUCGCCGCCGAGGGCGCCAUGGAGAUCAAGUCCGUCACCAUCUGGUUCCAGAACAAACGCCAGACGGAGCGCCGCAUGGCCGUACUCCUCGCAAAGGACGCGACCCACGAGCACCCCUCCGCCCACAUCCAUACCCAUACCCAUACCCACACCCACCAAAAAAACACCGCCCCCCUCGGCCCCCGCCCCUCCCUCGAGCGCGUCGCGUCCCUCAGCGAGCUCCGCGCCCCGCACACCCCGCGCGCGCGCCGCACCGCCGGCAUGCCCUGGGACAACAUGCCCUCCUCGCCCUCGGGCCCGACGUCCCCCGCCGCGCGCGAGAGCGAGUACGUCGAGUUCGGCUCGCGCCGCACGCUCGAGUGGGCCUGCGCCCGGCACCGCGUGCGCCGGCGGACCGGCGCGCCGCACGCGCAGAGCGACGACACCGACGUCGACGAGCCGCACGAGGCGAUCACCCCGCGCUCGUCGAUCAGCCAGGACAGGGAGAGGGGACCGCAGGCGCUGGCGCGGAAGCCGACGAUGGAGGAGGUGCUGAUGGCGAACGAAAAGUCUGGUGCGCUGGACGCAGAGCGGACGCUGGAGAGCGUUGAUGAGGAGGACUGGAAGGCCGCGCUGGUUCUCUGCGGCCUCGGGCGUUCGUGA